GAAGAUGAAGCAACUGCUCCUGUGCUCAGCGAACUCCUCACUUGUCGGCAAUUUGUAGUAUUCUCGCAAAGCUUUCAAGUUCCCGCUUUGUACUUUAGCAUCCACCACAGUAAUGGCGUCCCGCUCACGCUGGAGGAGAUAGUACUAUCUUCGAUGUUCUUGCGGUCAGCAUUACCUGGAACACGUAGGACCUCCUUUGCCCUGGAAACUCCGGAUUCCUCCUUUGCCAUGCUCUCGCAAGGAGAGCAUCCAACCUUGAAUACGCCGUGCUGGUAUCUGCACCCUUGUCACACCGCAGAGGUCGUAGAUGAGAUCAUGAAGGAGGCAGACUGCGGGAACGUGGACAGAUCUCUAAGGUGGUUAGAGGCAUGGUUUAUGGUGCUUGCAAAUGUUGUAGACUUUAAGCGGGAUAGCUAG